UGAGGACAAAUUGGAGAGCUAGGAUGUUAUCAGCUGAUUGAAAUAACCCUGAUAAAAAGUAUUUUCAGCUAGGUACCCUUGAGGUCUGAUUACAGGAGCCAUGCCCGGCCGCGCUCACACCUAAAAGCUGUUGAAGGCCUCUCACGCAGGCCUCCCCGGCCUUUAGGGAGAGUGGGCGUGGGCGAUGUGGUCCUUGCCCGCUCUCCCUCGCCAUGGCGCUUCCCCGCAGCUUCCUCCUGGGGCUUUGUUGCUUUGCCUGGCUGAGUUCUAUUAAUCCAGGUUCUUGGGCAUCUAGGGGAGAAGCUCAGACUGCAGCAAGUGUCAAGCUGGAGCCUGAAGCAGCGCCCUGGUCCGUGCUGCAGCCAGUGGAUGGAGAUCACAGCUCCGGCCUCCUUCUGCCCCUCUUUAAGGUUUUGUCUGGCCGGCAAGGCCGGGCCCCUGGGCUGCAGCCAGACUCCAGAGCCCUGCACUACAUGAAGAAGCUCUAUAAGACAUAUGCCACCAAGGAGGGGAUCCCUAAGCCCACCGGAAGUCAUCCGUACAACACUAUUCGACUCUUCACCCCUCACUCCCCAAAGAAGUACACUUCUGGAGGCCAGGUGACAGGAGCCUUCCCCUCGGCCGAGCUGCUCUUCAGCCUGGGUCGCGUGGCAGCCGCUGAACACCUGCUCAGGUCCGUCCUGCUCUACGCCUUCAGCAGCGCCGCCGCCGCGCCGGCCUCCUCCGCCGUGAGAUGCGCCUGCAGCCUGGCCGUGGCGGGCCCGGAGUCGCCCGGCCCGCUGGCCUUCCGCUCCCAGAUCGAGCUCGGAAAGAACUACAGGUGGGUCGAGCUGGACGUGACCUCCCUGCUGCAGCCGCUGGUGGCUUCCAGCCAGAGAAGCGUUCGCCUGUCGGUCAACUUCACCUGCCUGGGACAGCCGCGGGCCGGGCUGCGGGGCGCCCCUCUGCGCGCGCCGCCCUCUCUGGUCCUCUACCUGAACGACACGAGCGCCCGGGCGCACCGCAGACAGCGUUGCGCGCGCGGGCCGGCGGCGCUGGGGACUGCUGCGCCGGGGCGGGACGCGGGCCGGCCUGCCGCCGCCUUUGCUGACACGCACUCCGAGGGCCGCCUCAGGGCCCGCGAAGCCGGCUCUCGCUUUGCUCCCGCGCGGGCCUGGGCCGGUGUCUGGGACAACCGUUGA